AUGGCGGCACGAAAGCUCCAGCAGGAAGUCGACAAGUGCUUCAAGAAGGUAUCAGAAGGUGUCGCCGAAUUCGAGUCAAUAUACGAGAAGAUCGAGCAGUCAACGAAUGCUGCGCAGAAAGAGAAGCUCGAAGAUAAUCUCAAAAGGGAAAUUAAGAAGCUACAGAGGUUACGAGACCAGAUUAAGACCUGGGCGGCGAGCAAUGAUAUCAAAGACAAGGGCCCUCUACUAGAGAACCGGAAGCUGAUUGAGACUCAAAUGGAGAAGUUUAAGGCCGUAGAGAAAGCUAUGAAGACAAAAGCAUACUCAAAAGAGGGCUUGUCAGCGGCGGCGAAGCUGGAUCCAAAAGAACGGGCGAAGAUGGAGGCCUGCGAAUUCCUGGGUAAUAUGGUUGAUGAAUUGGAACGGCAGAUCGAGACAAAUGAGGCUGAGGCGGAGUCGUUACAAGCGACGAUGCGAAAGGGAAAGAACCAAACGGCGAAAGCGGAACGAAUCGCUGAAAUUGAGCGAGUGACGGAACGACAUAAAUGGCAUCAGGGCAAACUGGAACUCAUAAAACGAUCGCUCGAGAACGGAGGGGUGGAAACCGAGCAAGUUAAUGAUCUGGAGGAAUCAAUAAAAUAUUAUGUUCAGGAAAACGCAACGCCCGAGUUCAUGGAAGAUGACGAGAUGUACGACGAACUCAAUCUCCAGGAGGAGGAAGACACUUAUGGGAUGGGACUCGAUAACGAUCGAGUGUCAUCGCAAGAUACUCAGUCGAUACAGGAAGAGUCGCCUGAAGAAUCACGGUCAAAUAGUCUACCUGGAAAGUCAAAAUCAACUACGGUCUCAGAGGGGCCAGCCGCUGCAAGAAGACCUUCCACACAAAUGAAGAGCCCGUUGCCAACGCUGGCUACAUUGCACAAUCCUCCGCCAAGUACAUCGAAUAGUGCGAGUCAGAUGAAGCCAGCAGCUGUACCUCCGAGAGUAGAAGGGUUGAAGUACGCAUCAGCAGCGGCUGCAGCAGCAGCAAGCGACAAAAACAAUCUAGGAAUAGCUCCCUUACCUCCGCCACCAGAAAGUCUACCUGCCGCCGCUACUUCUUCAAGUCAUCCACCAUUACCGUCAAAUCCUGGUCGAAAAAGCACGGCUGCUUCUCCUGUCGUCAACCAUGCACAACCUGACGCUCCUUCACAAACAAGUUCCUCGAGGCCUACGGUGCCAACUGUUACCAGUACAUCGGACACCUCAUCAAGUACCAAAGCCAAGUCGCCAUCGUGGGGCGAGGAACCCAGUCUCGCAACCACAAGCAAUGUACCGCAACCACCCUUACCGGAAAAGACAGAACCUAGUCGGCCGCGACCCUCCAGGUUUUCGUCUCAAGUAGCUCCGAAUGUUAGCGAGUCAGGAGCGAGCCGUAAAGGUAAAUCGCCUAUGGUCAACGACGUGGAUAUGGAAGUCUCCAAAUCUACGCCGGUACAGUCAAAUGGCGUUUCAAAUGGCGUUAAACCUGUUGUAGCAGAAGAAGAUGAGUCGGUAUACCACCUACCGGCGAGUCUUCAAGAUCUAUUGCAAGCCUUUGAGGCAACUCACCAAAAUGUCAAAUCAACUCCUUCUCAUUCUUCACAGGCCUCGCAAAGAAUGCUUGCUGCGUCCUUCAAUACUUCUCCAGAUAUGCUUGAUGUAGGAACACCUAGAAAUUAUAGGCCAGAGAUCCGAUGCCACACACCCGCGUAUUACCCGCAAGAGCUUGAUCCCGUUUUCGACGACCACCGGUUGUACUCUCGGAUUGACCAUGACACGCUUUUCUACGUCUUUUAUUACAAGCAGGCAACGUAUCAGCAGUAUCUAGCGGCUCGAGCGCUUAAGGACCAGAGCUGGCGAUUUCAUAAGCAGUAUCAGACAUGGUUUCAAAGACACGAGGAGCCUAAGACGAUCACGGAGGAGUUCGAGCAGGGAACAUACCGGUUCUUUGACUACGAAAGCACAUGGAUGAAUCGACGGAAGGCCGACUUUAAGUUCCAGUAUAAAUUUUUGGAAGACGAUGUAUGA